UAGCAAGAAUGUAACGCCUGUACCUGAUUGGGCGAUGAAACGGAAUUUAAACGCGGAGUGGACUCAGUUUCGCAUCCUUUCUCUCACUUCUGUUUUUCCGUCGCUCCGAUCCUCGGCUAACUUGCGGAGAGGGAAAAAGCAGUUUCUCUCAUCUUCCUCCUCUCAGAUUCUCCGGUUCCCGAGCAGCAGCGGCAAAAGCAGCAAUGUCCGGCGGUAUCGCCCGCGGUCGUCUGGCGGAGGAGCGGAAGUCUUGGCGCAAAAACCAUCCUCAUGGUUUUGUUGCGAAGCCAGAAACUCUGCAGGACGGAACUGUGAAUUUGAUGGUGUGGCAUUGCACUAUCCCUGGGAAGGCUGGGACUGACUGGGAGGGUGGAUAUUUCCCACUCACUCUCAACUUCAGUGAAGAUUAUCCUAGCAAGCCACCGAAGUGCAAAUUUCCUCAAGGUUUCUUCCACCCUAAUGUUUACCCAUCAGGAACUGUCUGUUUGUCCAUCCUUAAUGAGGACAGUGGGUGGAGACCAGCUAUUACAGUGAAGCAAAUUCUAGUUGGGAUCCAGGAUUUGCUGGACGCCCCUAACCCUGCUGACCCUGCACAAACUGAAGGCUAUCAUCUCUUCAUUCAGGACCCUACUGAGUAUAAGAAGAGGGUUCGCCAGCAAGCAAAGAUAUAUCCUCCACUAGUGUAGCAGGAAUCUCGUUGCUUCUAGUUUUACUUCUGGUCAUUUGUUGAUUGUCAGUUUGCAGCUGUGGAAUGUUAUGUCUUUGCUGUUACGCAGGAAAAGAAAAAAACUGUUGGUGGGCGCUCAGUAAUUGUUAAUUGUGCCUCUAUUUGCUUACUGCAUGGCUGAACGAGCAUUUGUCACAUCCCAGAAGUGUGGAUUGUUAACUUUGGGUACAUAUAAAGUUUCAUGUCAAACAGUAAACCAGUCAGCCAAGCAGUACUACUUAUUGGUAUUUAUUCCAGAAAAGAAUUGAGGCAUUCAGAUUUCUUAUGUGAUUCCCGCGGAUUCUUUUUUCUCGAUUCUUAACCGAAUGUCACAACUAGCAGCAUCUGUAUGAAAUGUGUUGCAAUUUGCAUAUUACAAUUGUGAAUUGUGUAAUGCGAGAAAUGCCAAGUUUUGUAACUCUUGCUCGCAAUUCGUCUCUGGCUUCACUUAGCACCCUGUGGUUAGCCCUCUGGUUUUCUGCUGCUUAAUUGCAACACGUUCAUAGUUGUUCAGCAGCUGCAGGGUCGUAAACACGAUGAAUUCUGUGGCUCUUAGCCAGUGCUGAUCGAGAGUUUUGUUUUGCGCUGCAUAACUAUGGUGCGCAGAAGCUCUCUGUCUGCAUUUCAUUCUUCAACUAAAUUCUCAGCAUACGGUUUCUUCCUGACUUCCGCAAGGAAGCUUGAUGUUUCAUUUUAUGGGUGGGAGCUGGGAAAGGAAGCUAUGAUGUUCCUAUCAUUCUUCAUAUACCUCAUUAUGGCGGUCUUUGGUCCACGGCCACCUUAUUUUGACUGGUUUAGUUACAUGUAGGAAUGACAACGAGGCAGGUCCGGAAUGGGUACAGCCUUACAAGUGUUCAUAUCAUCAUUUAAACUCUCAUUAAUUGGCGACGAAGGGCCUUUAAUUGCCCUAUAUACUGUUUAAAAAAUCGCUCACAAGCUCCUUUGUGAUUUAUUGGCGACGAAGGGCCUUUAAUCACACGGAAACCUCUUCAAUCGGAAUGCCAAAUAUGGAAAAAACAGAGAAGAAAAAGAAGGCUACGAUGAGCACGCCAGCCCCAGCUCCAACGGCUAGCCCAAGUCAGAACUCCCCAUCCCCUUCACGCCAAUUAAAUGAAAAAGGCCUUUUGGGGCCUGGCCCACAAGCUUCUGCUGGACUCCUCUCUUUGGAUCCUUCAUCCUCUUAUGCACAAAGUGAGAUGCCCACCAAAACAAACAAAGCUUCCGGAAGCGGGCCAAGCCUAGAAGGAAUCAAGACCCGAACAGUUUACGGGCCGGAUGGAAAAUCAGUUACUAUUGUUGACGUCCCUUGCCCUGAGCCCCCUCCCCAGCGGAAAUUUGACCCUGAUGCACCCCUUUCCAGUCUGCGCAUCAAAAAGAAGAGGAACCCAUCUGGUCAAACCAAGCAGGGGAUCUCGGUGGCAACGACGACCAAGGCUUUGCAGAUUUGGUCACCCAAGAAAGACAAGAACAAUAAACCACGAGACAAACUUGUCUCUUUAACCCUCCAAGAAAUUGAAGCCUGGAGC